AUGCCAGAGUAAGUGCUACAACAUGGUUGUGAUGGAGGUAAAUAACCAGCAAAGAGGGACUUUUUGGCUCCCUGUACUUUUCCAGAAGAGCAAGCACAACCCCAUAAAUACAGACACUUCUCUAAAAAUAGCUACCCCAUGUCUGAGACCUAACAGGUGAUUGGCCCAGGGACAGUAGGAAUGUGGGACUCAGUGAAGGAGACUCGGAGGGCAGUGGUCUGUUUCUCAGUUUCUCUCACUGGGCAAAAUGAUGGCUCUGCGUUUGAGGCCCUUGAGCAGGGGACUGGCUACUGCGGCCAAGGAAGAGCAUGGAGGAGCAGGAGCGAAAACCUGGCGUCUGCUGACCUUCGGGCUCGCUCUCCCAGCGGUGGCUGUUUGCACCCUCAACUCCUGGCUCCACUCAGGUCACCAUGAACGGCCUGAGUUCAUACCCUAUCACCACCUCCGCAUCCGUACCAAGCCUUAUUCCUGGGGUGACGGCAACCACACCUUGUUCCACAAUCCCCGCAUGAACGCUCUGCCCACGGGCUAUGAACACCCCUGAACCCGGGCGCCCUUGAAGUUCAAUAAAGACUGGCCAACCAAGGCCCCCCGUGAGAA